AUGGAAGGUAAAGGGAAAGUGGGAUCAUCAUCGUCUUCUUCUUCCUUCACUACUCAGCUCUUUGGCCCCAAGGAACCUUCUUCCUCCUCCAACUUCAGUUCCAUUUUCCCUCCUUCCUCCAAGGGAACAACAGGAAACAUGAUCUUAAGCUCCAAACAUGAGUCCCUAGGUCAGUGGGAGACCCUUUCACCAACUGUUAUUGUUUUUGGAACUGUAUAUACUUAA